AUGGCUAGAGUUACCAGCAUUAUCAGUGGUGGUGUCCAGAACGGCCCUCUCUUGCCCAAUCUCUCCAAGCCUAACAAACCCACUCCUCCAUUCACUACUCCCUUCUUGAGAUCAGGGCCUAAUGUUUUUUCUUCUUCUUUGAAGCAUGAGAGGGUAGUUAGCAAUUCGGUUGUUUCUGUUAGGGCCCCGUUUAGGGUUUCGGCCUCUGUCGCCGCCACUAAGGAGAAGCCGUCGACGGCGCCGGAGAUUGUCCUGCAACCCAUUAAAGAGAUCUCCGGCACCAUCACGUUGCCGGGUUCCAAAUCCCUUUCCAAUCGGAUUCUGCUUCUUGCUGCUCUCUCUGAGGGAACUACUGUUGUGGACAAUUUGUUGAAUAGUGAAGAUGUCCAUUACAUGCUCGGAGCACUGAGAACCCUUGGGCUACAAUUGGAAGAGCAAAGUGAAAAUAAAAGAGUUAUUGUGCAAGGUUGUGGGGGCCAAUUUCCAGUGGGUAAUGGAUCAGGAGACGAAGUCCCACUUUUCCUAGGAAAUGCUGGAACAGCAAUGCGUCCAUUGACAGCUGCAGUUACAGCUGCUGGUGGAAAUGCAAGGUUUGUGAAAUGUUUUAUCAUCCAACUUGUGCAAGCAAACUUAGGGAUCACUCUUUUACAAAGAAUUUUGGGUUGUUUUUUUCCUAGGCACAACCUUUUCUUCUCUUUUCUAUAUAUUUCUUCUGUUAAGCUUGGACUUUAGCUUGAUUCAAUUCUGAUACUAAAAUGAAAUUGACCUGCAAUCACAACAAAGGUUGACAUUCUUGUCUUCAUAAAUCACUUCAACUAAUUAGGAAGCUCCAAAGAAUCGAAACUGUGCCAUAGAAGUGGCACACAUGUUCAGGAUUGCUUUUUGAUAAUUUCAAUUAGCUAGUUAGAUCCUAAAGUUGCCUCAUUUCGAAGCUGAGGGAACGGAGAGAAGCUGAACUAAAAGAGACUCAACUCUCUAAGAGCGUGGUCAACACCAUGUCCUAGUGCCUAUCUCGAUCUCUCAUAAUCUCUGGUCAGUCAAUCUCAUUUUUUUUUUUUGUAGGGUUUUCGAAAUUGGGCAACAGUAUGUUGAGUUUUUCGGUUUUGAUUGCUGAAGAAAUUGGGGAUCUUUAUUUGGUUGUCGUCAAAGUUUAGAAAAGAAAGAGAAAACAAAUUUCUUUGGAAUAUUGCAAUGGUUUUUCAGGAGUUUUUAGGCUGAUGAUGCGAUUUUUAGUGGCUUCAAAAUUUCUGCAGCUUGGUUGUUAAUUUGGAGACGCAUUUGUUGUGUUGUUGUUGCAGUGGAAUGUUCUGAGCUUACAGGGGUUAGUGUUCAUAUGCAAUCUGUCUUACCUUCAUUUUAUUUAGUAUAAAGUUUAAAUCUUUGAGACAGAUAGUUUCUAUUCGGGGGAGAGAGAGUGGUUGUUGAGCAUAAAGUUCAAUUUUUGUAUGUUAAUAAGAACAACAUUUGAAUUAAUUACUUGUAUGAGAGGAGAAAGAUGCAAGUGAUAAAUAGAGAUUCCAAAUAUCUAAUGGGAAGUUUUUGAGUUGAUGAUGAGC